AUGGCAUACUAUCAUCAGCCCAGGCAACAAUCUCGUCCAUAUCGAUAUGAUGAUGAUUUCGUUGCUCCCGAUCCCGAGAGAUCAUAUAAUCCUUACGACGAAGCCCCGCCCCGCAGAGUACGAAGAGAACCGGCGACCGAUGCGUCGUCUGGGCCUCCACCACGCCGUUACAAGUCGGAAAGAGGCCGCCGCCCACGAAGUCCAGGAAGACCUGUCUAUCGCGAUGAGUCCAUGGCAGAUGACCGUGGGCCCGAGUAUCGCAGCCAUUCUCAUAGAUACGAGCCAGAACGUCGUGGUCAUAGUGUAGGACCUAAUCGGCGAUCACGAAAACUGAGCCCUCCACCAUUUGGACCGCCCCCAGAUUCACCUCGUCGCAAAGCCCGAUCCGCGCGGCCCGAACGAGAGUCAUAUCGCCCUGAAUAUGAACAUCGUCAGUCUUCAAGAGAGCCACGGCCUAGACGGGAGCGCGACGUACCCAUUAGAGAUGAACGUGCAGGGCGCCCAGAAAGAGACCCACGAUAUAAGAAUGACAGUCCAUCAUCAUAUCCUUAUAAUCGUGACCCAUAUACCCAAGGGCCACCUCAGCGAGGAUAUCCAGACGAGGCACGGGAAACCCGUCGUGCUCAAAACAGGGAUCCUGAUUCCGACUAUCCUCCCCGUCGCCACGGAAGGUCAGUACCGCCAGCUGCCCGAUCAAGAUCACGAGGAAGAACUGGGAGAUCGCGGCACUCAGAUUCUGGAUCAGAUACAGAAAACGGUCAUUACGUAGCUGGAGCCGCAGGAGCGGGAGCGGGAGCUGCGGCGGCUGCUAGUCGACGACGUUCACGCUCUCAGGGAAGAGACCGGCGCGGACGAAAUCUUGAACAAUCUCCGACUCGUGGUCGCCCACCAGUUACCCAGAAAGCUCGCGGCGCCCCAUCUGGACGUCGAAGCUCUAUGCCGGCUUCUACGAAGAACAAGGCUGCUGCAUGGUGGCAGAACCCUAUGGUGCAGGCAGGCGCGCGUACUGCUUUUACUGCUGGUGCCCAAGCAGCGAUGAAAUCUGGUAAAGAAUCCGGUCCUUGGUUAGGCCCCAAAGGAGCAAAGGUGGCCACUGCUGCUCUUGGUGCAGCUUUGGUUGAUGGUUUUAUGGGCCAGAAGCAUCCUGACAGUACAAGACAAAAGCUUAUGAGGGAAGGAUUAAACUUGGCAUCAGCGCAAACUGGAAAGGUUCCAGAGCGCCGUGGACAUUCUCACUAUAAAUAA